AUGUCGAAGACUCUAUAUGCAAGCGCUGUUGGGAACUUGAUGUAUGUGAUGGAUUUAGUGGAAAAUGGGUAUGUUGAUACUGAUGAGGAGAACAGAUUGAGGGAAAACAGAAAGAAGGAUGCAAAGGCACUUUUCUUCAUUCAACAAGCAGUUCAUGAGACACUCUUCUCAAAAAUUUUAGCAGCCACCACUGCUAAAGAAGCUUGGAUGUCACUGCAGAUAUCAUUCCAAGGGUCCACAAAGGUAAUCACGGUAAAACUUCAAAUUCUUUGUCGUGAUUUUGAAACCUUGAAUAUGAAAAGUGGAGAAUCAGUGCAAGAUUUUCUUACUAGAUUGUCUGGAAUUGUUAAUCCAAUGAGAUCUUAUGGAGAGGAAAUUACUGAUGAAACUGUUGUUGUAAAAGUUUUAAGGAGUUUAACCCCUAAAUUUGAUCAUGUCGUAGCUGCAAUUGAGGAAUCAAAAGACUUGUCAAUUUUUUCAUUUGAUGAACUUAUGGGCUCUUUACAAGCUCAUGAGGCAAGGCUGAACAGAAGUCAAGGCAAAGGUAGAGGAAAUAGAGGUCGUAUCCAAUGUUUUCAUUGCAAGAGGUAUGGACAUGUAAAAGCAGAUUGCUGGUACAAUGAAGUGAACUUUGCAGAACAAAAUGAUGAGGAAAGUAAGUUGUUUAUGGCUUAUUUUGAUACUAAUGAUGUUGCAAGUGAUGUAUGGUUUGUAGAUAGUGGUUGUUCCAAUCAUAUGUCAGGCAUAAGAGAAAUGUUCAGAGAGCUUGAUAAGACCCAAAAGAUGCAGGUCAAGCUUGGAGAUAAUAAGAAUAUUCAAGUUGAAGGGGAAGGGACAGUAGCAAUCAAAACUAAUAAUGGUAAAGUGAAACUUCUUCAUGAUGUUCAAUUUGUUCCUAAAUUGGCACAUAAUCUUCUGAGUGUAGGGCAAUUAAUGGCUGGUGGAUACACUAUAAUAUUUGAUGAUGGAGAAUGUGUUAUUAAAGACAAAAAAUCGGGGCAGACAAUUGUCAAUGUUCACAUGACAAAAAAACAAAAUGUUUCCACUUGA